AUGCUCCGGCGGAUUCUGCAGCGGACUCCAGGCAGAGGAGGCUCUCAGAGCUCGGAUUCUGAUUCGUCUGCAGCCCCAGGAAAUGCUGUGGACGUGAACAACGAAGGCUCCUCUGAGGGCUUUAUCUGUCCUCUCUGUAUGAAGUCUCAUGGAUCAGCUGAGGAGCUGUUCAAGCACUAUGAAGCAGUCCAUAACUCUGGCAUUGAGUCAAGCCAUGGAGGGGAAGGUCAUCUAUCACCAGCAAGAGAUGAAGUAUCACUGCUCCGACAAGAGGUCCAAGACUUGCAAGCUUCACUGAAGGAGGAGAGGUGGUAUUCAGAAGAGCUGAAGAAGGAGCUAGAGAAAUUGCAGGGGCAGCGGCAGCAAGACUCCAAGUCUGAUGGAUUGUCAACAACUACAUCUACAGACUCACUAGAACGUCAGCUGGAAGAGGUCCAGGUAGAAAACUUCAACAUCAAGCAAAUGAAAGACUUAUUUGAGCAAAAAGCAGCCCAGCUGGCCACAGAGAUUGUUGAUCUCAAAUCAAAGUAUGAUGAAGAACUCAGCCUUCGGGAGAGUGCAGAACAGAAGCUGACAAACCUGAGGCAAGAGCUGCAGAAGGAGAGGAGUGCAGUGGAAGACCUGAAGACAGAGCUGCUCCAAAGGCCUGGCGUGGAAGAUGUGGCUGUCCUGAAAAAGGAGCUGGUCCAAGUUCAGACACUGAUGGACAAGAUGACUCUGGAACGUGAGCAGCAGUCUGAGAAGCUGAAGGAUGAAUGCAAGCACUUGCAGGCAGAGCAGGCAAAUGCAGAGGCUACCAUUAACCAGUUAAGAGCUGAACUUGCUAAAGGACCUCAGGAGGUGGCUGUGUAUGUUCAGGAGCUGCAAAAACUUCACAGUUUAGUCAAAGAGCUUGAACAGAAAAACCAGGGUCUCACUGAGAAGCUGCUGAAGAAAGAGCAGGACUACACCCAGCUAGAAGAAAAACACACUGAGGUGUCUGUGAGCAGGAAGAAUGUUCAGGCAAGCUUGCAUCAGAAAGACUUGGACUGCCAACAGCUCCAGGCAAAGCUCUCUACAUCUGAAGCCUCCAUACAGAGAUUACAGGCAGAGCUAGGUGAGAAGGGGGAAGCAAGCCAGAAGCUUAAAGAAGAGUUGUCUGAAGUAGAGACAAAGUACCAGCAUCUGAAGGGAGAAUGUAAACAGCUCCAGCAGCAGAGGGAGGAAAAAGAGCAGCAUGGCCUGCAGCUCCAAAGUGAGCUCAGCCAGUUGCACAGUAAGCUGCUGGAGACGGAGCGGCAGCUCGGGGAAGCUCACGGGCGGCUGAAGGAGCAGAGGCAGCUCUCCAGUGAGAAGCUGAUGGACAAGGAGCAGCAGGUGGCUGACCUGCAGUUAAAACUUUCUCGUGCUGAAGAGCAGCUAAAGGAGAAAGCAGCAAACUCUACAGAUUUGCAACAUCAGUUAGAUAAAGCCAAGCAGCAGCACCAGGAGCAGCAGACACUUCAGCAAAAUACUACAGCAAAGCUGAGAGAAGCCCAGAACGAUUUGGAGCAAGUACUGAGGCAAAUUGGAGACAAGGACCAGAAAAUUCAAAACCUGGAGGCUUUGCUUCAAAAAAGCAAGGAAAACAUUGCUCUGCUGGAAAAGGAAAGAGAGGACUUGUAUGCAAAAAUUCAAGCUGGGGAAGGAGAAACUGCAGUCCUCAACCAGCUGCAGGAGAAGAACCAUGGGCUGCAGAUGCAGGUAACUCAGCUGACAGAGAAGCUGAAGAAUCAAUCAGAAAGUCACAAACAAGCCCAAGAAAAUUUGCAUGAGCAAGUGCAGGAGCAAAAGUCACACCUAAGAGCUGCCCAGGACCGGGUGCUGUCCCUGGAAGCAAACCUCACAGAACUCACCAGCCAGCUCAAUGAGAGCAAAGAGAAAGUCUGCCAGCUGGAUGUGCAGGUGAAAGCCAAGACUGAGUUGCUGCUUUCAGCAGAAGCUUCCAAAGCUGCCCAAAGAGCAGACCUGCAGAAUCACCUGGACACUGCUCAGCAUGCACUGCAAGAUAAGCAGCAGGAGUUAAACAAGGUCAGUGCUCAGCUGGAGCAGGUGACAGCUACGCUGAGUGACAAGCAGGAACACUGUGCUCAGCUGGAAGCCAGUCUCAAAGAGCACAAAGAGAAACAUCUGUCUUUGGAACAGAAAACUGAAGAGCUGGAGGGGCAGCUAAAGAAACUUGAAGCUGACAUCCUUGAUGCCAAAGCAAGCAGAGACCAAACCCUGCAGGAGCUGCAGCAGCAGCGGCAGCAGGCGGCAGGGACGGAGCUCCGGGCAGCAGAGCUGAGUCAAGAGCUGCAAGCAGCAAGAGAAGCGGUGUCCAAUGCUAAAAUGGAUUUGCAGAAGAAAUCUGAGGCCCUUGAACAAGUGAAACAGCAAAUUUCCAAGCAGGAGGAGGAGAAGGCCAGCCUCAAACAAAACCUGGAAAAAUCAAAUCAAGAGACAAGUAAACAACUGAAGGAGUUAGAGUCUAAAAUGCAAGCAGCAACAUCAGAGCUGCAGCAGGUGAAAUCAGAGAAGGAGACUCUGUUGAAGGAUCUUACAGCUACCAAAGAGAAGCUCUCCAAAAGUUCUGAAUCCUUCAAAAAGAGAAAGGAGGAAUUAGAAAAGGAAAUCCAAAAAGGCAAAGCAUCUGUAGCAGAGCUGGAAAAGUCUUACCAAGAAGUUAAACACCAACUCCAGGUCCAAACAGAAUCUGUAGCUAAAGAGAGGAAUGAACUGAAGAACUCCCUGGAGAAAAAAGAAGGGAUUUCUAAGCAGCUGUCCCUAGAGCUGGACUCAGCACGGGCACAAGUACUGGAGAUCCAGGGUCUGCUGAAGGAGAAAGAAAAGAGUGAGCAGCACCUCCAGGGAAAGCUGAGAGAGCUCAAGGAGUCUUUUGAGCAAAAGAAAAAACACAGUGAGAGCCUGCAAGCUGAACUGAAAACUGCCCUUUUGGAGAAGGCAGAGCUGGAGAAUAAACUGCAGCAGCAGUUGAUUUUGUCAGCUCAGGAGCUCAAGACAGAGAAGGUGAAGCUGGCAGACCUGCAGAAGACCCAUGAAAAACAGAAGGAAAACAUGGAGAAGCUGCAGCUGGACCUUUAUGGGAAGGAGUCUGAGCUGCUGGCAACUAGGCAAGACCUGAAGUGCACAGAAGACAAGCUUGCCCUGGCUCAGGAGGAGUUGGUGUCCAGCAGAAAUCGCAUUGCUAGCAGCAAUCAACAGAUUCAGGAACUGAAGAAAGCAAAGUCCACACUGGAGCAGGAUGCAUCUAAGAAGGAGCAGCAGCUGGGUGAGAAGACCAAGAUGUUGCAGGACCUUCAGAAUGACAGGAUUUUGAAAGAAAAAGACCUGGCUAAUGAAAAAUGUAAAACAACGGAGCUCCAGGAAAUGAGGAGUAGACUUGAAAAAGAAAAUGCCAAGCUGGGUGAAGAGCUCAGAGCCUGCAAGCAAGAAUUUGAGAAGGAGGUGACAAAUCUCAAGGAUGCAAAGCAGCUCUUGAUCCAACAGAAAUUAGAGCUGCAGGGCAAAGUUGAUAAUGUGAAUUCAGCUCUGGAACAGGAGAGGAAAAACUACCAAGCUGCCAAGGAUCAGCUGAAAAAGAGGGAAGAGGAGCUGAAGAAAGAGUGUGCUGAAACUGAAGCUAAACUGCAUGCAGAGAAACAAGAGAAAGAAGAAGGAAGCAGGAAACAUGAGGAGAAGGAGGCCAAGCUCAGCAUGCAGGUCACAGCCCUGAAUGAGAACCUGGCUACCAUGAAGAAAGAGUGGCAGAGCAGCCAGAGGAGAGUGAGUGAGCUGGAGAAGCAGACAGAUGAUCUGCGUGGGGACAUUGCUGUCCUGGAGGCCACAGUGCAGAACAACCAGGAUGAGAGAAGGGCACUGCUGGAGAGGUGUAUAAAGAGUGAGGGAGAAAUUGAAAAGCUUCAAGCCAAACUUGUAGAAAUGAAGAAAAAACUGGACAACACCACUGCUGCCAUGCAGGAGCUGGGCAGGGAAAACCAAUCUCUGCAGAUCAAGCACACCCAGGCUCUCAACAGGAAAUGGGCAGAAGACAAUGAGGUGCAGAACUGCAUGGCCUGUGGGAAAGGCUUCUCAGUGACAGUGAGAAGGCACCACUGCAGGCAGUGUGGGAACAUCUUCUGUGCAGAGUGCUCAGCAAAGAAUGCCUUAACCCCUUCCUCCAAGAAGCCUGUCCGGGUCUGCAACACUUGCUUCAAUGACUUGCAAGGGUGAGAGGCUGCUGUGA